AUUCUCAGCCGAUUUUCCUCAGACCUGUACAGCAUCGACGACAGCCUGCCGUUCAUCCUGAACAUCCUGCUGGCCAACAUCUUCGGCCUGCUCGGCAUGCUGGUGGUGAUCAGCUACGGCCUGCCCUGGGUCCUGGUGCCCCUGCUCCCCCUGGCCCUGCUCUACCACCACACACAGCACUUCUACCGACACACCUCCCGGGAGCUGAAGCGCCUGUGCAGCCUUACCCUGUCACCCGUCUACUCGCACUUCUCCGAGACGCUGACCGGGCUCGGUACCAUCCGGGCCAGCGGCCACGCUGCCAGGUUUGAGGAUGAAAAUGCCAGGCGGCUGGAGCAGAACCAACGCUGCCUGUUUCUUAGCAAUGCUGCCAUGCAGUGGCUGGACAUCCGCUUGCAGCUGAUUGGUGUUGCUGUGGUAACGGGUCUGGGGGUGAUUGCCAUCAUUCAGCACCAGUAUAGUUCUGUAGAUCCAGGUUUGGUGGGUUUGUCCCUUUCCUACGCGCUGUCCAUCACAAUGCUGCUGUCCGGCCUCAUAUUCAGCUUCACACAGACGGAGAUGCAGCUGGUGAGUGUGGAGCGAACAGCGGAAUACUCCACAUGCCUGCCGACCGAGCCACAGCAUCACAGCGCACAGCUGCCUCCUGGGUGGCCCGAGCUGGGCUGGUUGGAGUUUCGUGAUGUGGUUCUGGCGUACAGGGAGGGCCUUCCUAACGCCCUGGACGGAGUCAGCCUGGUAGUGCGAGCUUGGGAGAAAAUUGGCAUUGUUGGUCGUACAGGUUCCGGCAAGUCCACCAUGUUCUUGGCCCUGUUUCGUAUGGUGGAGCUGAACCAGGGACAGAUCCUCCUGGAUCAGCUGGAUAUUAGCACUGUGGGGCUAAAUCAGCUCAGGUCAAAGCUAGCCAUCAUCCCUCAGGACCCCUUCCUGUUCAGUGGGACCAUCAGGGAGAAUCUAGACCCAUGUGGGCGACACCUGGACCCACAGCUGCUGGACGUCCUGGACCAGUGUCACCUCAGCGCCGUGGUCAGCAGGAUGGGCGGUCUGGAUGCUGAGGUGGGAGCGAGAGGACGAUGUCUCUCUGCAGGACAGAGGCAGCUGCUGUGUCUGGCCCGAGCUCUGUUGACGCAGGCCAGGGUCUUGUGUAUCGAUGAAACCACAGCCAGCGUGGACCAGAAGACGGACAGACUGUUGCAGCAGACCAUCAGAGACAAGUUUCGGGACAAGACUGUCCUCACUAUUGCUCACAGGAUCAACACCAUCUUGGACUGUGACCGGGUGCUUGUGUUGCAUGCUGGGAAGGUGGUGGAGUUCAGCACUCCUGCUGCUCUCUGCCAGACUGAUAACUCCAUCUUCCAAAGACUGGUCGGACACCAGGGAGGACGAUAUUCAGGAGGAGAUUCCUCUGAACUCUGAGGAUGCUCUUUAACAGUCUGAAGCAGAGCAGGGGCUAACGUGAAGGAACUUUAACUCAGAUUUAUUUAUUCAUAUUCGACAUUUUCUCAAUUUUUAUUUGUUUUUUUCUGCUCCAACAGCUUUAAUUUCAUUCCACUGAAGGGUUUCUUUUUUUGAUCUGCUUCUUUCUUUAACCAUAUGGUCAUUUCUUUUGUUGCUGCAUAUCAGUCGACUUCAUGUCUAAAUGUGAAUAACUGACAGCAGCUGGGUUAAUACGGUUAAAAACAUGGAGUUAGUUACAGUCGGAGAUUUAUGAGCUUGUUGUGUUUCUAUUUGAGGACUCCACUUUAUUUUUCCAGUAUGUACAAGAUGAAAUUACACAGUUGUUUCCUGUUAUGGCUGAACAACAAACAACAACAAACUUUGUUAGCUGCUACGUUACCUGAAGGAAGUUGGGGAUAAAAACUCUGAAACCAGUUUUCAAUGAAAUAAAAUGCUGGAUGUUCUGGACAUGUUGAAUAUUUCCGUCCAUCCGGACUCAGUAACCACACCUGUUCCUGGAUCUGGUUUGUCUACAAGCUGAGAAACAAAGAACUUGUUUGAAAGUAAAUAUCUUUCUGAGAACAUGACUUAGCGCCAAUCACAGCAGAGGAAAUGCUUCCGCUUGAAGAGAAAACUACCGAUAAGAAUCUCAGUUUUCAUAGAACAUUUUAAGACCUGAAAUAAGUCUCAGCAUUGAGGUUGUUUUUUUUUAAAUAAAAGAAAUUGUGACAAACUU